AUGCAGGACAAUCCUUUCCUUCCUCGUUUAUACUUGUCUGGUGUUUUCUUCUUUAUUCUUAUGUAUAAUGGCUCCAAUGUGCUGCCCAUUGCUAGGUUUUUGCAUUAUACGCACAAGAAACAAGCAUUCCGAACCGCACUGCCACAGUUAGAGGGUGCAUCCAACUCCAUUCUUGCUCCAUUGCUGCCAGCAGCGGCUAUUUUUUAUCUGGAGGAAUAUGGACCUGAUAAAUAUGCAGAGGUUUUCCUAGGCGAAUUCGAUAAUCCUGAGAUCAUUUGGAGUACUCAGAUGAGGCGUCAUCUCAUUGAGCGAAUUGCAGUGCAUGUGUCGGAUUUCUCUAAUCGGCUAACUUCUAAUGUGAAAGCGUUGUACCAAUACUGCCCAAUACCUUUGAUAGACUAUCCAGAAUUGCAAAAUGAGUUGUUCUGCUAUGUGUACUAUCUAAGACAUCUCUGUGACCGACAGCGAUUCCCAGACUGGGAGAUCCGAGAUCCGAUCCCAUUCUUGCGAGCUUGCCUAGCUGCAUGGUUCGAGGAACUAGAGAAGAAACCGCCUGUUAUGUCCAUUGAACAAGCUCGAGAAACGCUAGGUCUGAAUACAAUGGAAGAUGGAAUCAAUGGUUUUUUAUUGGACGCUAUUUACAGAUGGCAAGACGCAGCUGUAGUUCGUCGAGCUUAUUUCAAACUGGCUGCAAAAUUCCAUCCUGACAAAAAUCCUGAAGGAAGAGAAAUGUUUGAAAAGAUCAACACGGCGUACGAACUGCUUUCGAGCGAUGCUGGUCGCUCAUCUAUGCCCGAUGCCCAUCGCAUCGUUCUGUUCCUCCAAGCACAAAGCAUCAUCUACAGUCGUCAUAGCAAAGGUAAGGCUUUGCAAACAGCAUUUGAUCGAUGCGUACCAGUAAUUACUGUCAGCUCAUCUCCAACGGAUAUGGCAGUCCAGGUUUGCGAGCACAUCUGUAACUGUUUCGGCACCGCCUCUACUUUCGAAGCUUGCCGUCAGCGAAUUGCAGAGAUGCCCACUGUGUUCAGUAACGUCUGCCGAUUGCUGCAGUUUUCGGAGCUCCCUCGGCUUUCAUCUGCAGCUGCGCAGUGCAUAUGCCAAAUGGCAGUUGAUACGCUGUUGCAAACGCAGUUAUUCCAAUCAGGCAUUCUUUGGCAACUUGUUCCACAUCUGUUCCAUUAUGAUUAUACUCUUGAUGAAGGAGGUGUGUCCCAUAGUGAAGAGUCCAACAGACAAGCGCUUGCAAACAAAUUGGCUAGAAUCUCUUGCGAGGCUUUGGCUUGCUUGGCUGGUUUCAGGUAACC